CAAGCUUCCAUUGUGAACUGUUCUCGUGAACAAACAAAUAAACAACCAUGCAGAAAUUCGUUGCCUUUGCCACCCUCCUGGCUUGCGCCGCGGCCGCCCCCGGCCUCCUAGUCGCUCACCAGCCCGUGGUUGCUACCGUUCACGCCGCCCCUGUGGUUCACGCUGCCGUUCCCGUUGUCGCAUCCAAGACUACAGUAACCAAGUCCAGCCAGGUGGUUAACCACGGCUCUCCUGUAGUUCACACUGUUCACGCCGCUCCCGUCGUUCACACCGUUCACGCCGCUCCCGUGGUUCACGCUGCUCCCCUCGUGGUGAAGACCGCUCCCAUUGUUCACGCUGCGCCCGUUGUGCACACCGUUCACGCCGCUCCCGUGGUGCAUUCCGUCCACGCCGCCCCCCUUCUGGUCAAGACCGCCCCCGCUGCCAUCACCCACAGCAGCUCCUCGGUUGUCCAUCACGCCCCCGUCGUCAAGACCGUCCCCCUGCUCGCAGUUCACCACUAAGCUAUAAAUUAUUGCCUUCAUAAUGAAGGUUUAGAAUAAAUUAAGUACCUCCGAAUGUUUUGUUUUUUAUUAUUGGCAAUUUUUUUUUAUAAAUACCUGAGUACCUACAAAAAAGCGUUGUACCUGCCUACUUUUGGCGCUAUCUAGACAGUUUGCAAAAAUAACCAAUGGCAACUUAUUUUCUAAAAUUAUUAUGUAAUUGUAAUGUAAUCAUUUUUAGUCUGUCAUUGAAAAUACUAUGAAGUCACGAUGACAAAACGUAAGAAUGUGAAAAGUAACAAAAAAGAUACAUAAAAUAUAAACAGUCUACAGUCAAGUCAAUCAACCGGAGCGGGUAGUAAAUGGGGGUAUUAUCUAUUAUAAUCAUACUUUACCACGCAAAAAAGAUAACAGGCAUAAUAUAAUAACCGCUCCAGCCUUUAUUACUUUUAAAGAGAGACUUCUAUCAAGUUCAUUUACAUUUAAUUAUCAGCGAGCCAACAAAAAAAUAUAAAAUUAUAAGCAGUCAAGAACUUUUAAAUUAGUUUAGUUAGUUCGUUUAUCUCCAUAAAGGUGGCGCUGUGAAUGGCCGUCGAUUUACGAGAAUUGAUAUAUUUGCCACCUUAAAGAAAACUAGAGCAAUACCAUUUACCUAUUGAGAAAUGUGGAUUCCAUAAAGUCAUUUCUAGUUAGUGUAACUGGAGCGAACUUUAUCGAUUGUAUUCGCGGAAAUAGGUGUUCAUUAGAACAGAGACUGCAGAUAAUUAUGUACUUAAAACUUUUAUUACGUUUUAUUUUAAUUAAAAAAAUCUUGUGUACGACUUUUGUAAAAACUUGUGUAAUACGGUAGCUCAGUCUGAGCUGUUGAUUGACACAAAAAAAAUUAAUUAAAAAAAAAAAAACUUGUCUCAAAAUGAAUGCCUUUUGCCAUAUUAGUGCCGGUCAUGGCGCAUCAGUCGCAAUAAGUCUUAUACUCUUUAGAAUUUUAAUGCUGGUUCUCAGGUUGCCUAGAGUAAUUUAUAGUACGUGAAUAAGUCAUGAAACUACUUGUUAGUACUUAGAGUUGCAUUCUAUGAGUCUAUUAGCAGUGACAAGAUAAAAAGCUUAAGAAGAUAAAAAUGUAUAUCAUUGCACAACGUGACGCGAAUAUUUUCCUUGAACAGAAUUCACUGUUUGGCCGGACAAAUUUAUAAACAUUGCUGCUCUUAUGUACCUGCUCAGUAAAAAACCUAUAUUUCAUUGUCAGCCAGCUAAAAAAAGACUUAAUGAAAAAUAUUUUGUCCAAAUAAGAAGACAUUGCGCAAAAGUCGACUUCCAAAACCCAAAACGAAAUCAUUAAGCAAUUACGUUCAAGAUCCUUUUGAAAUUGGAAGGUAUUUAUUUACUUUUAUUUACCUCUACAUAUAUUAAAGCAGUUUAAUGAUUGUCAGUGGCAACCGCAGCAUAAUAAUAAUAAUAAUAUGUUCUUUAAUUCGAAUAUUAUAGGGUCCAUACUUCAACAUACAUAUAUGCAUAGCCACCUUACCUUAAAGAUUCACAAAAUCACACCCCAAAAAUAUACCUGGUAUUAAAUGUGUUCCUUUAGUUUUUAAAUAACUUGUAUUGUAAGCAAAUAAAGAAUAUUGAAUAUAUCUACAUUGAAAUAAAAUAUGUGUUGCUGUU